AUGGACACUUCAGGACAGCUUUCAAACAUUUGCUUCCUACGAUGGAUCCGCUGGAUGGACACGAUCAAUGGGAUUCAUCUGCACGACGAUUCACGCUUGGCACAUGCUUUUCAGUGUGUCUUCUACAUCCUUCAGUUAGGGCAGCUCCUUAUCGCGUACAAUUUUGGCGUCAUUUGCAUGAACACGACCUCUUUGGAGCAGUUCGCACAGCAGUUUAACCAGUUCGGUGGUAUUUUGCUUACCUUUUCCCGUGUCAUUGCAAUUAAUAUCUAUCGGAAGGAAUUACGACAAACGGCGCAGUUCAUCAACGCGUCAGAGUUUCACCAUCUCAAUGAGCGUGCGGAACAGAUCCGCUCAGGAACCAUCCGACUCGCAGGACGUUUCUUAUCCACACUGCUGGGCAUACAGAUAGUGACACUCAUAUUCUGGUUCAUGCUAACAGAGCUGCAGGCGUACAAACUUGACGUUCUAUUGCCCACGGUCACUUACCUGCCGUUCGAUGCUUCGGAGUGGCCCGAGUUUCUUAAGGUGAUAUUUCGCGUAUAUAUCUACCUAUCGAACACGCAGCUCAUGUUAACCUUCUUCGGGAGCUACGUAAUUACCAGCACCUAUCUGCUCACGCUCACCAUCGAGCUGCGCAUCCUGAACGAUUCGUAUGCCGCAGCACCGGACGAUCCGCGGCAGUUGGUAACCUUUCUGAAGGACCGUGUCGUGUACAAGGUGUCGCUUUUGCUGCACAUCGGUACCAUCAAACAGCAGAUGAACGGGAGCAUCCUGUUCGAGCUGAUGCUAAUCGUUUGCUUGCUGGCAAUCAACGGACUACGGCUGUUGAAGACAAGCAGUGAUCUUAGCGAGCUUGCCCUGUCGUGCAGUAUGAUCAUGAUCUAUCUGUUGGAGUUUUUCCAGUACUGCUGGCAAGUUGAUGAGAUUGAACUGCUGCACGAACAGCAAGCGUAUGCCGUCUACUCAACACCUUGGAUCGGUGCAAUUCAGCACACGAAGGCGUUACUGCUGAUCACGAUCCGAAUGGCACAGGUCCCGUUACGUUUCAUGUGUGGUGGAAUGUACCAACUGUCUACCGAACUCUUUGCAACGGUAGUACAAUUUAUCUACUCACUGGUGAUGAUGCUUUUGCAGUUUUAA